GUGAGCAGAUCGGUGUUCAGUCCCUGUCACACACAGUCAUCUGAAUGAGGAAAGGUUCAUGUGUUGUUUCGGUGACUCAAAGGUUCACUUGAUACUAUGUUUUGAAAUACGAACAUGGCUUUUGUUGUGCAGUAGGAACACCGUAUGACUUCUCCAUGUUCAUCCUCUACAUGAUUUGAAUCAUGAUCAACUCCACACAUGGCUCAUAUUUCACUCUGGGAGCCUACAUGGAAACAGGGCUUCUCAAAUAUCUCUUUUUCCUGAUAACUCUGACUUUGUAUGUUUUAAUAAUCUGUGCUAACCUGUUCCUCAUCGUGCUGAUCUGUAUGAACAGAAGUCUUCAUGAACCCAUGUACAUCUUCCUGUGCAGCCUGUUUGUGAACGAGCUGUACGGCAGCACAGGUUUGUUUCCUCUCCUCCUGGUUCAGAUUCUCUCAGACGAUCACACUGUGUCUGCUCCUCUCUGUUUCCUGCAGAUCUUCUGCUUGUACUCUUACGGGGGAGUCGAGUUUUUUACUUUAGCAAUCAUGUCUUAUGACAGGUAUCUUGCUAUUUGUUAUCCUCUACAUUAUAACACACGUAUGACCCCCAGUAAGAUUUCUAUGCUCACUGCUCUGAUCUGGCUGUACCCGUUCUUUAUCAACGCUGUCAUUGUGUUUGGUCUGACCUUUCCUCUGCAGCUGUGUGGGAACAUCAUCAACAAAGUUUAUUGUGACAACUAUUAUGUGGUCAAACUGGCGUGCUCUGACGCCACGCUCAAUAAUGUGUUUGGACUUAGUCACAUGUUUACGGUGAUCUUUGGUCUUAUCGUUCUAAUCAUUUACACGUACAUCCGGAUCCUCCACGUGUGUUUCUGUGGAUCCAAGCAGACGAGGCAGAAAGCCGUCAGCACCUGCACGCCUCACCUGGCCUCUCUGCUCAACUUCUCCUGCGGCUGUUUCUUUGAGAUCGUCCAGAGCAGGUUUAACCUUUACAAUUUACCAAAUGUGUUGCGUGUUUUUUUGUCCUUAUACUGGCUCACAGGCCAACCACUUGUUAACCCUUUGCUGUACGGAUUUCAGAUGUCUAAAAUACGUUUGGUCUUUAAAAGUCUGUUCUUUCGGGAAACUCAGUGACCAAACAUAGAAAAUGAUCAUCCAGGUUUACACCCCAACAAACAUCUUAAAAUCAGACUCGAGAUGAUUAUUUAUCCUGAUCUGUUCAUACAG